UUAAAGCUUUUCCGCUCGCGAACUCGUUUUCGAUCUCAGUACUAGGCUUUACAAUUUUACUUUACUGGCAAGACAAGAUUAACAUAAUGCCGUAUCUCCCAGCAAGUUCCUACGACGCUGAUCAUAAGAUCUGGAUUGGUGAUCAAGUGAAGCAUUAUUUUGAUCCACACUUGUCCAUCGGAGAGAUCAUUUUCCAAGAGAUGCGGCGUCAUCCGCAGCUUAUAGCCCAGAUCUCGGCUACGGAGAAAACAGUGCUGACCAGAAAGGAGCUGCAUGCGAACUCGAUGCGGGUGGCCAGCUAUUUCCGAUCGGAGGGAAUACUUCCGUCCGAUAUUGUGGGAAUCAUUGGCCGGAACACUACCCACAUGUUGGCCGUAGCCUACGCCUGCUUCUUCAAUGGAACGGCCUUCCACUCGCUCAACACCGCCUACGACCGGAACACCAUCGAAAAUAUGUACAACAUCACCAAGCCACGAAUCAUUUUCUGCGAUGGGGAUGAGUAUGAGAAGGUGAGAGACGCCACUGCUCACCUGGAUGUAAAGAUAGUUACCAUGCGAAAUCAUCCUUCGGACUCCAUUCGGAUCGAUGAAGUUCUGGCCACGCCAAUCGAGGAAAACUUCCAGCCAGCUAAACUGGAGCAAGGCAACGAUCAGACUUUGGCCAUUCUCUGCUCCUCGGGCACAACUGGAAAUCCCAAGGCGGUGACCAUUACCAACAGUCGACAGAUCCUCGCGUCCAAUGACCAUCUGACCACCGCUGACAUCCAGUACUCCCACAACACCCUCGACUGGAUCACCGGCCUGCUAACCACUAUUACCUCUGGGGUAUUCAGCACAACCCGCAUCAUCGCCGAUAAUGUCUUCGAUCCCGCUUUUGCCCUGCGAGUAAUCGAGGAGUACCAGGUUACCUGGAUAAUCCAGCCGCCCUCCGCGAUGGCCAUGAUGAUGAAUUGUGCAGAGUUCGAGACCUCCGACCUGUCUAGCAUACGUUGCUUUUUGUUCGGAGGAUCUCGGGCUGCCGUGGAGGUUCAGCAAGCUAUUCGGAGUCGCCUGAGGAGGGACUGUCUGCAGUUUAACUAUGGAUUCACGGAGCUAGGCGCCAUGGCCACCAUCAACUUGCACUUUGACGAGAAGGUCGGCUCAGUUGGUCGAUUGGUCAGCGGUCUUAGGGCUAAGAUUAUCAAUGAUCAGGGUGAAUCACUUGGACCCGACGAACUGGGAGAGAUCUGCAUCAUGAACAAUCAGCACUGGUCGGGAUACUAUGGCAACCAAGAGGAAUCCCGCGCCAUUCGCGAUCCGCAGCGAUGGUAUCACUCCGGGGACCUGGGAUACAUGGAUCGCGAUGGUUUCCUCUACAUUGUGGAGCGCAAGAAAGAGAUGCUGAAGUACCAGAGCAUCAUGUAUUAUCCCAGCGAUAUUGAGGGUAUCAUCUCAGGGAUGCCACAAGUGGCAGAGGUCUGUGCUUUCGGCGUGUGGAGUGACAUCUAUGGAGACGAGGCUGCCGCAGCCGUGGUGAAGAAAUUGGGCAGCGAACUCUAGGCCCAGGAUGUUGUGGACCAUGUAAAGAGGCGGACGGAUUCCAAAUACAAACAAUUAAAUGGAGGAGCCAUCAUCGUCGAAGAUCUGAAGCGCAAUGCCAAUGGGAAGACCAAUCGAAUGGCCAACAAUGCCCACUUCUUGCAAGUGAAAAAUAGGAGUUGAAUGUGUUCGAAAUAGUUUACAUACUUAUUUCUUCUAAAACCAAUAAACUGAAAGGCUGAAA